AUGUUUGAAUUUAAUAAAUUAGAGCAUAUUUAAUUAAGAAAAGACUGCGAACUUCAUUAGAUAUAUUAACUAGAUUGUAAUCUAAUUGUAAUGCUUAUUAAUUUUAAUACAUCCUAUUAUUUUGAUGUAAUUUAACUAUAAGUCAGCCGUAAAUUAAUGUAAUUAGUUUUAUUAAGAUUAAUUUAGAAAGAUUAAUUGCAUUCCUGUUUUUGCUUUUAUUUGCGGCAAAUCUAGUAUAGGAUUGGCUCAUUAUGAAAAUGCAAAACUUACUAUUUAAUCUUUUGACUUUCUCAAUUUAAAUCAAAACAUAUCUAAUCUUUUGAUUAAUAAACCUUAUCGAGAUUUUCUAACUUUUUAUUUUAAAAGAACACAAAUUUCGAUGCUAUUAUUUCAUUAUGAAUGUGGUUCUAUUAUUUCUUACUUUUUGAACAAUGAUUUGGAAAUUUAAAAUUAAUUUUAUCUAAUAUAUCAAGCAGAUAAUUAAAUUCUAUAAUCAAUCUAUUAAUUAAAUUAGAGUGAUCAAUUUAUCUCAUUACAUUAUGAUAAUAAUUAAGAGUAUAAAUUAUUUGAAUUCUAAUCAAAUGGAAUAAAAAAAUAAAUAGAAUCAAAGUAUUUAAAUGAUCAAAACUCUUUUAAUGGAUGUACUUAAACAAAUAACUAAAUAAUAUUGGUUUUUACCCCAAAAAUUAAUACUAAUUCAUUCAUAGAAUUUAUAAAUUAAUAAUACGAAUCAGUAAGAAUUGUUGAAAUCAAUUAUUUUAAUUAUAUUAUAAGUAUAGAAUCAAUUUUAUUUGAUACUGAAUUUUAAGUUUGGUGUAAAAUCUCAACUCAGUAGGAAGUGGAGAUUGAAUAAUUAUGUGUAUUUGACAAGAAUAAUUUUUAAUUAAUCUCUAGGAAGAUUUAUCCAGAUUAUAUGUUGGAUAUAUAAUGCACUGAUUUAAUAAUUAUAGAAACUUAAAUGAAUUUAUUUGAUAGAAUUAAUUGUUUACAAAAAAAUCAUUAAACAAAUUCAAAUGAAAUUGAAGAAUUAAAAUAAUUAGAGGAUUUUGAUGAUUUCUCAGAAAUUACUAUUUAUUAUAAUUUAAAUCCAAUUUAUUAAACAAUAAAACUUAUGAAAUUUUUUGAAUUUGAGGAAUACAUCAUUGAAUAAACUAUUAAAAAACUUAAAAAACAAUCUUCUAAUAUUCUGAAAUAAUAAGAUAUUUGA